UUUCAAAAACAAAAGCAUUAUGGUUGGGAAUCCUGCUUGGCUGCUCUGGAAACACUGAAUUGCUUCUACUCUUUUCUUCUGUGCCAUGGACCCAUCCAAACAAGUAAAGGCAAACCCAGAUUCUCUGAAGAAUGUUCAAUUUAACAACCCAUUUUCUGUGACAACAGGAAAUACAUAUUUUAUCCUGACCUCUACUCUGAAACACGUAUUUGAACUCCUGCCUUUAACAAAUUAUACAUCAAGAAUAGUAAGAUCUGUGGCUUUUCAAAAGGUAUAAAAAUCAAAAGCAUACUGUAUUCCUUGAGAGACCCUUCCAAAACACCUUAUGAGCACGUGUUUAUUAAAAAUGACAGUAGCUCUACUUAUUUAAAGGGAUUUUCUAUCAGUGAUGGGAAAGUUGUGAACUAAGAAACAACCUGACGCUUUGCAGUUGGACUAUCCCUCCGUAGUUAUAUCAAAGCACGCAUCAGAGCAUUUACCUGAAAUCAAAUGGAGACUUAAGCAGCUUGAUUCUGACUUGGUUAGACUCCACUCCUACAGGUGCUUCACGUCAAGUGAAAAAACAGUGUUCAGUAACACCUUUUAAACUGACUGGUCUUAAUCUCUGUGGGUUGGCUUUUAGUUUUUGAAGGAAAGUUUAAGGGUUGAGUACUUUUAAUGGACGCAAAGUACCUCACAAACCACAGGAUUAUGCCAGUCAUCUAGACUUGGUCUUGGGAAACUGGCUCUAGGCGACCCUGUUGAGCAGAGAUCUGGACCCGAUGACCUCCAGAGGUCCCUUCCCACCUCAGCCCAUCCCAUCUGUAAUUCCAUUAUUAUUUGUACUAACCCACAUAAUUGGUUACAGUAUCUUGUGUGUCUAUGCCUUUCACGAUUUGUCAUCACCUUUAGUUGCUCAGUUUUGAUUAUUAUGUAGAGAGCCACGUGACUAAUGAAGGAGCUGCACUAAAGUCUUAAUAUUUAUAAUGCUAGCAAGGGUGCUAAAGGAGAGCUUACGAAGUUAUUAGCACCCUUCCUAUCUUCCUGAAAAGGUACAGCUUACAUUUCUGCAAGGACCAAACUUGAGGCAUGAAUCAAUUAUAGAUGUAUCUCCUCAUCCUCUCCCCCUCUCCUCUGAUUUUCCCUCUCUACUCCGUUCUCAUGAGAGUCCAGAGGGCCACAAGGAUGACAAGUGGGUUGGAGCACCUUUCCUAUGAAGGCAGGCUGAGGCAGUUGGGGUUGUUCAGCCUGGAGCAAAGAAGGCUCCAGGGAGACCUUAGAGCAGCCCUACCGUACCUAAGGAGGGCCUGCAGGAAAGCUGGUGAGGGACUGUCAGGGAGUGCAACGACAGGACAAGCAGUAAUGGCUUUAAACUAAAAGAGCGCAGACUUAGAUUAAAGGAAGAAAUUCUUUACUGUGAGGGUGGUGAGACACUGGAACAGGUUGCCCAGAGAAGUUGUGGAUGUCCCAUCCCUGGAAGUGUUUAAGGCCAGGCUGGAUGGGGCUUGGAGAAACCUCGUCUGGUGGGAGGUGUCCCUGCCCAUGCGGGGGGCGUGGGGUGGGGGUGGGGGUAGGGAGCUGGAAUGAGAUGGUCUUUAAGGUCUAGUCCCUUGCAACCCAAACCAUCCUGUGAUCUUACCUAACGACACGCACUCCCCUGAGGUGCCAAGCACCACCAACGAUAGCAGUUACAGUCUCCUAACUGAGGCACCAGGGCGUUAACCCCGAAGUGAAAGCUCCUCCUCACCCCUUCCCUAGGGCGGCCACAGCAGCAGCACUCUCCCGGGCCAGCGGCGUUGCCAGCCCGAGCCGUGGCUCCGACCCUUCCUCCGCACAGCGGAGUAUUUUCCAGGCCAGGGCGGCCUAGGAGGCACCAGGGGAGACACACGGCCCUCACGCCGCGGUCCCACGCGCCCCCUUUGCCCCCUGCCCAGGAACCUCGCGCGCCGCCCGAGCCUGGCCGCCGCCCCAAGGCGAGUGACGUGCCGCCGCCGCUGGCCAUCAUGGCGGAGCCCCGCCCUAGGCGGUCCCUCGGCCGCCGAGGGGCGGGGCCUCCGCCUGCCGGCCAAAGACAGCUGGCGCGCGGCCCCGCCCCUAUAUAAGGAGAGGCCGCAGCGCAGACCUCGGAGCGCGGUCGCCGCGUCUGCUGCGGGCGUCCCGCGGAGCCGGCACCAUGGCAGACCAGUCCUUUGUGACUCUAGCCACAAAUGAUUCCUAUGUGAAAGGAGCACUUGUACUUGGUUCAUCCUUGCAACAGCACAGAACAACAAGGAAGUUGACUGCACUUAUAACUCCUCAGGUCUCAGAUUCUAUGAGGGAAGUGCUAGAAAAAGUAUUUCAUGAAGUGAUAUUGGUAAACAUCCUGGAUAGUGGGGAUUCAGCACACUUAGCAUUAAUGAAAAGACCUGAGCUGGGUGUCACGUUAACAAAGCUUCACUGCUGGGAACUGACACAGUUUUCAAAGUGUGUUUUCAUGGAUGCAGACACAAUGGUUUUGUCAAAUAUCGAUGAGCUUUUUGAGAGAGAAGAGCUGUCUGCAGCACCAGAUCCAGGCUGGCCUGAUUGUUUUAAUUCUGGAGUUUUUGUUUACCGACCUUCCAUUGAAACAUACAAUCAGCUGUUACAGUUUGCCACAGAGAAAGGCAGCUUUGAUGGUGCAGACCAGGGGUUAUUAAACACCUUCUUCAGCAGCUGGGCAACAACAGACAUGAACAAACAUCUACCAUUUAUUUAUAACUUGAGCAGCAGUUCUGUGUACUCUUACCUUCCAGCAUUUAAAGCGUUUGGUGCAAAUACUAAAGUGGUGCAUUUCCUGGGAAGCACAAAGCCAUGGAACUAUACAUAUGACUCCAAAACAAAAAGCAUAAAAGGCAAUAUGGAUGACCCUAAAGUAGUUCACCCAGAAUUCCUCAACAUGUGGUGGGAUACCUAUAUGACUAAUAUUCUACCAUUAUUAGAGCAGCAUGGAAUUGCUAAAGAACCUACCACAGGUGUAAACAUGGCAGAGGUUACAGAGGCAGUGUCCCACAUGUCAGUAUCAACACCAUCACCAGUAUUACCAACCAUAUCUUCAGAAGAACGCAAGGAACGGUGGGAACAAGGUCAAGCUGACUACAUGGGAAUGGAUUCCUUUGAUAAUAUCAAGAAGAAACUGGACUCCUACCUUCAGUAGAAAUGCCAGUUUCAAGCACUGGCAAUACAAGGACUUGUUCCAGAACUAACAGCUAGAAAGGUUGUAGAUGGUGGUCAGUUAAGCUUGCUAGUAGUUUGAAAAAACUGUUGGCUGAAGGCCAGUGCAGUGCUACAGAUGAAGACUGAGCAAACGCUAGGAAGCAGAAUUCCUUGGGCCAGAUGUAAUUGCCCAAUAUCCAGUUCUCUCUACUAGAUAAAGGUAUUUUCAGCUCACAUUUUCUUCUGUUGCGAUCAAAUGGCUCAAAAUACUCCUUGACACUGGGUUUGUACUUCACCACAUAAAGGUGAUUAGCACUGAUUCCUUUGCUUUCUGUUUUAGGUGUAAAAUCUGAUUGAUGGGAGUGCUCAUACACUAGAGUGAUCGCUAUUCUGCUUUACCAUAAAUGUAUUGAUGACAUUAGGAUACAUAAAUGUGUAACAGUAAUAGCACUGCUUUGCUCUUCUAGUCACAAUUGCACUGAAGUUUUGACCAGGUUUUCUUACACAGUGCAUACAGCGUGGCAGAAUGCAUUUGUUCAGUUCGAUAUUCUACAGGCCUUGUAAACUGAGCUUGAUCUGUUAUUUGCAUUUGAUGCAAAAAUAAAAACAAGUUAUGUUUCUGGCUUCC